AUACCAUUCGCAGAUUGCAUGAAAAAUAUAACAUUCUUUCUGAAUGGCCAGGGCUAGGGGGGAUAGAAUGGUUGGAGGAAGAACGUCGGCAGGAACUCCAGUUCUACAACAGAUAGUACCUAAUUCUGGAUGGACACAGGACUCUGCGGGCCAUUACCUUCUGGUGGAUCUUCCUGAAUUCAGGAAGGAAGAGGUGAAGCUCCAAGUUGAUAGCUAUGGCCGUAUUGUUGUAAAGGGAGAAAGGCAAAUAAAUGCGUGGAAACACGACCAUUUUCGGCUGACUUUUCCUGCUCCACCGGACUCUGAUAUGGAUAGGAUAGCCGGAAAGUUUGACGGUGGAGUCCUUUUUGUCACUAUCCCCAAGCAAGUAACGCAACAUAGCAAAGUAGGUGAACUCGGGAAAGUUGGAAAUGGCAAACUUGAAAGGGCAGAAGAAAAUGGUAGCCAUCGACAUGGAAAUGGUGAAGAUGACAGAGCAAAAGAAAACGAUAGCCAUCGGCGUGGAAAUGAAGUUACAAGAACAGAAAAAAAUUAUAGUCAAGAGAAUGGAAAUGACAAAGUUGAAAGAACAUAAGAAAAUGAUAGCCGUGUCAGUGAACAUGACAAAGAUACAGAGCAAGAAGUAAAAAGAAAUGAAAAUGAGCGCAUCAAAGAAUUUCCGGAACAAGUAAUAAGGAAGUGGGAGGAAGAAUCCAUGUUAAGAGGCGCAGUUGAUGUUUUGAGGGAAAACAAAGGAAUUGUUGUAACAGCUGUUGUAGCCUUUUCCUUAGGGUUCUUGGUAUAUCGCAAAUUCAACAGCAGUGUAAGUUAAGUCCUUUGACCUCAAUUGACAUAUGUAUAUUCCUCACUUCAUUUCUGGUCAUGUGUCUCUUACAUGUAUGUGAAUAGAAUAAAGUACAAUGCAAAUAUGCAAACAUUAAUAAGAACAACAUCUCCGCUUUA